AUGGAUCCAAACCUGUAUGGAGGCGUCCCCAGGUUUCUGACUCGCCCAAAGGCGUUCUCGGUGUGUGCAGGCAAAGAUGCCACCCUCAGCUGCACCAUCGUGGGCAGCCCGACCCCGCUGAUCACCUGGGAGAAGGACAAGUUGAAGCUGACGUCUGGGGGGCGCUUCAAGACAGUGGAGGAUGGAGACGUGUACCGCUUGACCAUCUACGACUUAACGCUGGAGGAUGGCGGACAGUUCAUGUGCCGGGCCAAGAACAGCGUUGGGGAAGCUUAUGCUGCGGUAACCGUUAAAGUGGCUCUGCCUACAGAGAUGGCUCCGAGGGCCCCCGUGUUCAUGAUGAAGCCCACCUCUGCACGGGUAGGUUUGGGAGGCGAUGUUGUUUUCCACUGCCGGGUUGCAGCUCACCCUGAGGCCAACUUUGACUGGGAAAAGGACGGGCGCUACCUGGGGGAGUCAAACCGCAUCAAGAUCGUCUCUGACACCGAUGGCAGCACUUUGAAGAUCCAAAGCCUACGAAACCUGGACAGCGGCACCUACACCUGCAGAGCCAAGAACACUGUUGGCCGUGCACACGCUGCCGCAGCUCUCGUCGUAGAUGCCCAGGAUUCCCAUUAUCAGUCCGCGGAUAAGAACACCUCCCUCCUCUCUCACCUUCAAAAGCGCAAAGAGGAAAUGAAUAAGGACAUCUCCAUCUAUCGCACUGAGGAGAAGAGCUCCUCUGUUUCUUCCUCUACCACAGAUGGUUUCAGCUCUCUGAGUCUGGAGCAUGCACUGAGGGCAUCUGCGCUGGCAACGCUGCCGAAAGGUGUAUUCACCCGAACCUGCACCGUGACUGAGGGCAAACACGCCAAGCUUAGUUGCUUUGUGACGGGUCACCCGAAACCCCACAUUAUCUGGAGGAAGGAUGGAAUGAACAUCGGUGAAGGCCGCAGGCAUGUCAUUUAUGAGGACCAGGCCGAGAACUUCAUCCUGAAGGUCCUGUACUGCAAGCAGACUGAUAAUGGUCUCUACACCUGCAAUGCAACCAAUAUGGCCGGGCAGACCUACAGUGCUGUGUUGGUGACAGUCAAAGAGCCCAAAGUGCCGUUCAGGAGGAAGUUGCAGGACAUCGAGGUCCAGGAGAAAACAUCGGCCACACUGAUGUGUGAGGUGCCUGUUGUUGCCACCCAUGCCCACUGGUUCAUGGAGGAAACGAUGCUGGAACAAAAUACCAAAUAUCGCAUGGAGGAGGAGGGCACCCUGCGUCGUCUCACCAUUCACAAUGUCACCACCAACGAUGACGGUGUUUAUAUCUGCGAGAUGAAGGAAGGCAGUCGCACGGUGGCCGAGCUCACUGUUCUGGGCAAUAUUACCAAGAAGCUCCCCCGGCGGACGGUGGUUCCUGUCAGCGAUACGGUCAUUUUCUGUGUCGAGCUGGAGCAUCCCUACCCGGAUGCCUACUGGACCCGCAAAGGGGAGAAGCUGAAGGAAGAGUCCCGGAUUUCCAUAGCCUGUGUGCUGAGACAGUACACGCUCACCAUUAGAGAUUGCCAGGCUGAAGACUCAGGUGAAAUCGCCUUUGUGGCUGGAGACUGCAAGACGUCCACUCGAUUCACUGUCACUGCUGCUAGGAAGCAUCCCCCCGAUCCCCCAGUCAAUGCUGUGGUGCUGAACAAGACUGACUCUUCCAUCACCAUUCAGUGGUCUCCUCCUGACAGCGAUCGCCCAGUGCCCAUUAAGUGCUACAUCGUGGAGAGGAGGAAGGUUGGCACUCAGACAUGGCAGAGGUGCAACGCUGGAGAAACCAUUGUUUCCACAGAGAUCACCAUCUGCAACUUCAAAGAAGAGUCCAGCUUCCAAUUCCGUAUCUCUGCCAUGAAUGACUUUGGCCAGAGCCCCCACCUGGAGGUGCCUGGAAGCUUUUACCUUGAACCUUCUGCAGAGAUAAGGAAAGGCCUGAUGGACACCACUGCAAACUCUGGCGAGGAGUUCUCUAUCACCAUCGAGUUGUCUGCUGUUUGUUCUGGUUACUGGUACAUUAAUGGCCGCGUCCUGCGUAGUGGAGCUGACUACCUCAUCACCAAGUCCAAGACCACACACACUCUGCUCUUCCGUGAUAUGACCAUGGAAUUGAAUGGAGCUGAAGUCAAGUUUGUUGGUGGAGGCUCACAAAGCAGUUGCAUCUUAUCUGUGAAAGCCCCUCGUGUUAGGUUCAUAAACAAGUCCGAUCUGACAGAGGUGGUGACCUGCACUGCCCAAUCCACUGCUCAGCUGACUGCUGAGGUGUCGGAUUAUGAAACACAGGUGGUUUGGAUGAAGAACGGGCGAGAGGUGAAAAUGGGCAAGAAGUAUGAAUAUGUCAUCAUUGACCGCAAGAGGAUCCUGAUGGUACACAAUGUUACUGAAGAGGAUGUGGGCAUCUACGAGUGUGUUUUAGCUGAGGACAAGAUGUCCCUGCAACUCUCUCUUAAAGAUGAACCUGCCAAGUUCCUGAACAAGGCCAGAGGUGCCAUGGGAAUGUCAUCGUCCCUUAAAGGAGAUCUUGAGCUGAGCUGCGAGGUAUCUCCUGCCAGCGCUGUCGUUGUGUGGAGAAAAGAUCAGGUGGAGAUCACUGAGGACCAAAGAACUGCCAUGGUCUCCAAAGGGACUCAAAGGAAACUCGUCAUCAAGAACGCCAAGAAAAGUGACGAAGGACAUUACUCCUGUGAGACGGCAGCAGACAAAGUCACAUUCCAGGUCAAGAUAAAAGAAACUCUAGCCGUUGCUGCCUUCUCCAACAAAGAGUCAGUCCAGAAAGAGGUGAAGGCCACUCUCUGGCAGAAAGCAACUCUUAGUUGCAAUGUGUCAGAUAGCAAGGCAGAGGUCAAAUGGUAUAAAGAUGGCAAGCAGCUAAUAUCCAGCCGGACCAUAUACUCAGAAGUAACAGGCACUGCUCGUCAGCUGGUAUUUGAAAAGGUGGAGAAGAGUGAUGCUGGAGAAUAUACCUGUGAAGCUGGCGGGGAUAAGCUGGUCUUCAAGAUAUCUGUUUCAGAGGCCCAGGCAGCCUUCUUCAACAAAGAGUCAGUCCAGAAGGAGGUGAAAGCUACUCUCUCCCAGAAGGCUAUUUUAAGCUGUGAGGUAGCUGAUAGCAAGACAGAGGUGAAGUGGUACAAGGAUGCCAAGCUGCUGACCUCGAGCAAGACAAUCCAUGCAGAGUCGAAAGGCCAGAGUCGCCAGCUGUAUAUCGACAGUGUGGAGAAGAAGGAUGCUGGAGAGUACAUCUGUGAAGCCGGGACAGAGAAGCUUGCUUUUAAGAUUCAGGUGGAAGAGCCGAAGUCAUUCUUCUCCAACAAGGAGUCUGUUCAAAAGGAGGUGAGAGCGACGUUCUCCCAGAAAACCACUCUGAGCUGUGAGGUUUCUGAUUCCAAGACAGAGGUGAAGUGGUACAAGGACGGCAAGCUGCUGACUUCUAGCAAGACUAUUCAUACUGAGUCUAAGGGCAAAAGUCGAAUGCUGGUGAUCGACAGCGCUGAGAAGAAGGAUGCUGGAGAGUACAUGUGUGAAGUCGGGACAGAGAAGCUUGCUUUUAAGAUUCAGGUGGAAGAGCCGAAGUCAUUCUUCUCCAACAAGGAGUCUGUUCAGAAGGAGGUGAAAGCGACGUUCUCCCAGAAAACCACUCUGAGCUGUGAGGUUUCUGAUUCCAAGACAGAGGUGAAGUGGUACAAGGACGGCAAGCUGCUGACUUCUAGCAAGACUAUUCAUACUGAGUCUAAGGGCAAAAGUCGCACGCUGGUGAUCGACAGCGCUGAGAAGAAGGAUGCUGGAGAGUACAUGUGUGAGGCUGGGACUGAGAAGUUGGUUUUCAAACUCCAGGCUUCAGACACACAGAUUCAAUCUGCAUUCUCUAACAAAGACUCAGUCCAGAAGGAGGUGAAAGCCACUGUCUCACAGAAAGCCAUUUUAAGCUGUGAGGUAGCUGAUACGAAGACAGAAGUGAAAUGGUACAAGGAUGGAAAGCUCCUCACUUCAAGCAAGACCAUUAAUGCAGUGUCAAAGGGCAAGAGUCGCCAGCUGGUGAUCGACAGCGUGGAGAAGAAGGAUGCUGGAGAAUACAUCUGUGAGGCUGGGACUGAGAAGUUGGCCUUUAAGAUGCAGGUGGCAGUUACUUCUACAAAAAUCGGGGCUAAAUCUGGUUCCCUCAACAAUGAGGCUGUCCAGAAGGAGGUGAAAUCCACCCUUCUCGAGCCAGGCAAUCUGAGCUGGGAAGUAGUUGAUAACACCACAGAGGUGAAAUGGUACAAAGAUGGCAAACUGGUGAGUCCCAGCGGUCCAGUUGCCUUGGAAUCAAAGGGAAAGAUUCAUCAACUGGUGGUGGAUAGUGUAGAGGAGAAAAAUGCGGAGGAGCACAUCUGUGAGGUCCGAACAGAAAGUUUGGCAUUUAAAGAACAGUUCACAGAGAUUCUAGCCAAAUCGGCCUUCUCCAAAAAGGACUCAGUCCAAAAGGAGGUGAAAGCCACUCUUACACAGAAAACCAUUUUAAGCUGUGAGGUAGCUGAUACCAAGACAGAGGUGAAAUGGUUCAGGGAUGGCAAGCUGCUGACCUCCAGCAAAACAGUUCAUGCAGAGUCAAAAGGCCUGAGUCGCCAGCUGGUGAUUGACAGCGUGGAGAAGAAGGAUGCUGGAGAGUACAUCUGUGAGGCUGGGACAGAAAAGCUGGCCUUUAAGAUUCAGGUUGCAGAAGCCCCGGCUGGCUUCUCAAACAAGGAGUCUGUCCAGAACGAGGUGAAAGUUACUCUCUCCCAGAAAGCCACUUUGAGCUGUGAGGUUUCUGAUUCCAAGACAGAAGUGAAGUGGUACAAGGACGGCAAGCUGCUGACUUCCAGCAAAGCAGUUCACAUGGAGUCAAAGGGAAAGAGUCGUGAGCUGGUGAUUGAAAAAAUAGAGAAAAAAGAUGCUGGAGAAUACACCUGUGAGACUGGAACAGAGAAGCUGGUAUUUAGGCUGCAUGUGACAGAAGAAGCUGUCAAGUUCCAGAAGAAGUCUGUCAAAGACACAUGUAUUGUUCAAGCAAGUGAAAACAUUGUUUUGACCACUGAGCUGACCUCGGAGAGUGGAAGUGUGAAGUGGUUGAGAGACGGUGUGGAGAUCAAAGAGGGCAGAAAGUAUGAAAUGAAAAAAGAUGGACAUUGUCGUACCUUGAUAGUAAAUUCCACCGAAACUAAAGACAGUGGAACGUACUCCUGUCAAACUGCUCAUGACAAACAGGAGUUCAAAGUUCAGGUCAAAGAGUCAGCUUUGAAGUUUGUUGUCCCCCUGAAGUCUGCCGAUGUGGAGUUGGGUGGGACACUUAGUCUGAUGUGUGAGCUCAAUCAAGCCUCAGGCGAUGUUGUCUGGCACCAUAUUGGUCGUGAGAUUAAACCUGGAGGAAGGCACUGUGUCAGGACAGAUGGUGCUAAGCGGGUCCUCACUGUGACUGACAUGACGAAGGAAGAUGAAGGAGAAUACAGCUGUGAAUGUCGAAAUGACAAGACCUCUGCCAAAAUCUCCUCUAAGGAGCCCAGAGUAGUGAGGCUGACUACUAAACUCAACAAUGUGGCUGCAAUGGAGGGAAAAGACGCCAUCUUCAAGUGCGCUGCCACUCCAGCAGACAUCAACGUCAAGUGGUUCCACAACAGCAUACCCAUCACGGCCGGGCCAAAGUAUAAGAUAGAGCACGGUGGCAACACUCACUCACUCACCAUAACCUCUGUCACCCAAAAAGAUGCUGGAGAGAUUAGCGUUGAUGCAGAAGGGAAAAGCUGCAAAGCUACUUUACAAGUGCAACAUGAACCUGUAACCUUUAAGAAAAAGCUGGAAAACCUGACAGUGGAUGAGCAGAGUGAAGUGAAGAUGGAGGUGGAGCUCAGUAAGAAAUCGGAUGAAGUCAGGUGGAUGAAGAACAGCAUCGUGUUGCAGGCUGCAGGAAACCUGGAGAUUCGGGUCGAUGGAGCCAAGCAGGCUCUGGUCUUUAAGAGCGUGACUCACGGUGAUCGUGGCAUCUACUCCUGUGAAACUCUGGAUGACAAGACCCAGGCCAAGCUCACAGUAGAAAUGAAGAAGAUCAAGGUAAUAAAGGGCCUUCCAGAAACCAAGGCACAUGAGACAGAGACAGUGACCCUAGAGGUAGAGCUCAGUCAGGCUGAUGUUGAAGGCUCCUGGACCAGGGAUGGGGCCAAGUUAAAGCCAGGGGCCAACUGUCGUAUCACAGCACUGGGAAAGAAGCACGCUCUUACGCUGUCCAAUCUUAAGAGAGAUGAUGCUGGAACUAUUUCCUUCCAAGCUGAUGGUGUCCAUACUUCAGGCAAACUGAUUGUCACAGAACCGCCUGCUAUGGUCUCCACACCCAUUAUCGAUAUGAGUGUUCCUGAGAAGGAGAAAGUUACUUUUGAAUGUGAAGUGUCCAGAACAAAUGCUGAUGUUAAAUGGUUUAAGGAUAAUGUGGAACUGAAACCAGGGAAAAACUAUGGCAUCCAUUCGUUGGGCAGAAAGCGCACUUUGGUCAUCAGCAAAUGCACCCCUGCAGAUGCAGGCAGUUACGUCUGUCGCACCACUGAUGAUAACACCUCUGCCAAGCUCAUCGUUCAUGCCAGAGAUAUCAAGAUAAUUAAGAAACUCGAGGAUGUGGAGGUGAUGGAGAAGGAGAGUGCUGCAUUUGUCUGUGAAAUCUCACAUGAUGAGGUGGACUGUCAGUGGUACAAAGGAAGUACUAAAGUCAAAGUCAGUGACAACAUCAAGAUGAGACAAGAGGGCAGAACCUAUGUACUGCUGUUUAAGUCGGUUUCCCCAGAGGAUAUGGGUGAUAUCAAAUUUACAGCUGAGAAGACCUCUUCAUCUGCAAAACUCAAAGUGAAAGAGCUGCCCGUCAAGUUUGUGAAGAGACUCAGGGAUAAGAUAGCGAUGUUUAAGCAUCGUGGUUAUCUCGAAUGCCAAGUGUCACGUGCCAGUGCAAAGGUGAAGUGGUACAAGAACAAGACGGAAAUCAAACCCAGCAAGAAGCACGAGAUCAGAAGUGAAGAUGUCUACCGAAAACUCACCAUCAAUGAUGUGGACACUGGGGACGAAGACACAUAUACCUGCGACGCCACUGACGACCAGACGUCCUGUAAACUGCUUGUAGAAGAGCAGUCCAUCAGCAUUGUGCGGGAGCUUAGUUCAGUAGAAGUGACAGAGCCUUUCGCAGCUGUCUUUGAAGUUGAAAUCAGUAUGGAACUGGUGAAACCUCCCAUAUGGACUCUGAAUGGAGUUGCUGUGCAGGAGAGUGCAGAUGCUGAAAUGGAGAAAGAAGGCACGCUGCACCGUCUCACUUUCAAAAAGACAAAAGCCUCAAUGACAGGACCUGUGCAGUUUACAGCUGGGAAGAGCAAAUCUCUUGCUCAACUCACAGUAAAAGAGCGUCCACUUGAGAUUGCAGAGCCCAUUAAAGAUGUCAAGGCGAAGGAGAAAAGCUCUGCCCUGUUCUGCUGCAAAUUCUCCACGGCAGCCAAAGAGGUGAAUUGGUUUAAAGGUCAGGUACUUCUGGCGGCAUCAGACAAGUACAACAUGAAGAAAGACGGCACAAGGGCUCAACUUACUAUUCAAGGGCUAACUGGAGAAGACGGCGGAGAGUACCGCUGUCAGUCCGGACCUGCUGAGACCAAAGGCACACUCACUGUCGAAGUGCGGGAAAUUAAGAUCACCAAGCACUUGAUCGACACAGAGGUUGAUGAAGACAGUGAUGCAGUGUUCACGUGUGAGAUUAACUAUGCAGAUGAAGAGGCACAGUGGCUUCUGAAAGACAAGGUGCUUCUCACUAAUGAAGUCAACACCAUCUCUCAUGAGGGGAAGGUUCACAAGCUCAUGCUGAAGAACAUGGCUCCUCAGGACGGGGGGACCAUCACCUUUCAAGUACGCAAGGUGAAAGAGUCUGUUACACUCAAAGUGAAAGAGAAGCUUGCUGUGUUCCUCAAGUCUCUCGAUGAUGUCAUCGGAGAGGAGAAAGGCAUGAUAACUCUGACGUGUGAGGCGUCCAAGCCCAGGGUUUCACCUAUAUGGAGAAAAGAAGGUAAAGUCUUGAAGGCUGGACCCAAGUAUGAGCUCCUCCACACAGGCAAGUCUUUGGGCCUGAUCAUCAAGGACGCCACCAAAGACGAUGCUGGAGAUUACAGUUGUGAUCUGGGAACAGAGGUUUCCAAGGCAAAGGUCACUGUCAGAGAGAUUGGCAUUGGAAUUACCAAAUGGCUGAAGUCUGCUGAGGUAAACGAGGGGGAGACAUGCAGCUUUGAGUGCAUCUUAUCUCGUGAGAACACAGAUGAGUGCUCGUGGUCUCUGAAUGGCAAAGCCAUUUCAAACGGAGGCCGUUUCAAUGUCACCAAUAAAGGCCGCAAGUACAUGUUAAACAUCAAGGAUGUCACCCCUGCUGAUGCUGGUGAGGUGGUCUUCAACAUUAAAGACUUGAGCACUAAAACAACAUUAACAGUUGAAGGCAGAGCUUCAUCUGUGUCCAAAGGACUGCAGAAUGCUAGCGCUGUUCAAGGGGAAGAUGCUGUGUUUUCCUGUGAGGUGACACAGGCUAGUUCCACUGUAAAGUGGGCCAAGGAAGGCAAAGCCAUCAAGAAGAGCCAGAAGUACGACAUCAGCCAAGAGGAUAAGGUCAUGAAGCUCACCAUCCAUAGUGUCUCUGCCCAAGACUCAGGAGAGUACAGCUGUGAAGUCGUUGGAGGUGCAACCACCAAAGCCCAACUGGAAAUUAAGGAGCCGAUCCAUAAAUUCACUGAAGUGCUGAAGGACAGCCAGGCAGACGAGAAGAGCUCUGUGACCUUGCAGUGUGAGACAGCUCAAAGCCCAUCCACGGUUAUCUGGCUUAAAGGGCACACAGAGCUCAAGGCAGGAGGUCGAUAUGAGAUGUCCCAGAAAGAGCGGGUCUUAACUCUCACCAUCAAACAGCUGGAGGAGAAAGACACAGAUAUCUACACCUGUGAUGUGAUCACUGCUAAGAACAUGGCAAAGGUCACAGUCAAAGCCCUGCCUGCCACCUUUAAAGAAAAACUCAAGAACCAAGAUAAAAAAGAAGGGGAGACUGUGACACUUUGUUGCGAGUUAUCAAAACCUGCGACCGACAUUCAGUGGAAGAAAGGCUCUGAAAUUCUCAAAGCUGGAGAGAAGUAUGAGAUGAAGCAGAAGCACACCGCUCUGGAACUUCAAAUCAAAGAUUUAAAGGUUGAAGAUAGUGGAGAGUACUCUUGUGUGUGUGUGGACCAGAAGACAUCUGCAUCUGUGAAAGUCAAUGCAUUACCACCGACCUUCAUACAGAAGCUGAAGACUCAGGAAGCUGAGGAGGGAGUAGAUAUUACUCUGAACUGUGAGCUCUCCAAACCUGGAGUCUCAGUGGAGUGGAAGAAGGGAACUCAGGUCCUGAAGUCUGGAGAGAAGUACCAGAUGAAGCAGAAAGCCUCUGUGAAUGAACUGCUCAUCAACAAAGUGGUGCCAGAAGACAGUGGAGACUACAGCUGUGUGUGUGGAGACCAGACGACCACAGCCAGUCUCAAGAUCAAGGCCCAACCAGUGACCUUCAAACAGAAGUUAGAGACUCAAGAAGCAGAGGAGGGAGCCAGCGUCACUCUGCACUGUGAGCUCUCCAAACCUGGAGUCUCAGUUGAGUGGAAGAAGGGAACUCAGGUGCUGAAGUCUGGAGAGAAGUACCAGAUGAAGCAGAAAGCCUCUGUGAAUGAACUGCUCAUCAACAAAGUGGUUCCAGAAGACACUGGAGACUACAGCUGUGUGUGUGGAGACCAGAAGACCACAGCUAGUGUCAAGAUCAAUGCCCAACCAGUGACCUUCAAACAGAAGUUAGAGACUCAAGAAGCAGAGGAGGGAGCCAGCGUCACUCUGCGUUGUGAGCUCUCCAAACCUGGAGUCUCAGUGGAGUGGAAGAAGGGAACUCAGGUCCUGAAGUCUGGAGAGAAGUACCAGAUGAAGCAGAAAGCCUCUGUGAAUGAACUGCUCAUCAACAAAGUGGUUCCAGAAGACACUGGAGACUACAGCUGUGUGUGUGGAGACCAGAAGACCACAGCUAGUGUCAAGAUCAAUGCCCAACCAGUGACCUUCAAACAGAAGCUAGAAACUCAGGAAGCUGAGGAGGGAGCCAGCGUCACUCUGCACUGUGAGCUCUCCAAACCUGGAGUCUCAGUGGAGUGGAAGAAGGGAACUCAGGUCCUGAAGUCUGGAGAGAAGUACCAGAUGAAGCAGAAAGCCUCUGUGAAUGAACUGCUCAUCAACAAAGUGGUUCCAGAAGACACUGGAGACUACAGCUGUGUGUGUGGAGACCAGACGACCACAGCCAGUCUCAAGAUCAAGGCCCAACCAGUGACCUUCAAACAGAAGUUGGAGACUCAGGAAGCGGAGGAGGGAGCCAGCGUCACUCUGCACUGUGAGCUCUCCAAACCUGGAAUCUCAGUUGAGUGGAAGAAGGGAACUCAGGUCCUGAAGUCUGGAGAGAAGUACCAGAUGAAGCAGAAAGCCUCUGUGAAUGAACUACUCAUCAACACAGUGGUGCCAGAAGACAGUGGAGACUACAGCUGUGUGUGUGGAGACCAGAAGACCACAGCCAGUCUCAAGAUCAAGGCCCAACCAGUGACCUUCAAACAGAAGCUAGAGACUCAAGAAGCAGAGGAGGGAGCCAGCGUCACUCUGCACUGUGAGCUCUCCAAACCUGGAGUCUCAGUUGAGUGGAAGAAGGGAACUCAGGUCCUGAAGUCUGGAGAGAAGUACCAGAUGAAGCAGAAAGCCUCUGUGAAUGAACUGCUCAUCAACAAAGUGGUUCCAGAAGACACUGGAGACUACAGCUGUGUGUGUGGAGACCAGACAACCACAGCUAGUCUCAAGAUCAAGGCCCAACCAGUGACCUUCAAACAGAAGUUAGAGACUCAAGAAGAGGAGGAGGGAGCCAGUGUCACUCUGCAUUGUGAGCUCUCCAAACCUGGAGUCUCAGUGGAGUGGAAGAAGGGAACUCAGGUCCUGAAGUCUGGAGAGAAGUACCAGAUGAAGCAGAAAGCCUCUGUGAAUGAACUGCUCAUCAACAAAGUGGUUCCAGAAGACAGUGGAGACUACAGCUGUGUGUGUGGAGACCAGAAGACCACAGCUAGUCUCAAGAUCAACGCCCAGCCUGUCUUUUUCAAAACUCAGCUGCAGAAGGUUGAAAGACAGGCAGGGGAGAUCGCUAUUCUUCGCUGCGAGACCACAAAACCCGGUGCAAUUGUUGUCUGGAGGCACGGUGACAGAGAGCUGGCAUCCAGCAGCAAGUACCACCUGAAACAGGAAGGGACUGUAGUCGAGCUUGUCAUCUAUAAACUGCAAGGAGCUGACUCUGGAGAAUAUUCCUGUGAUACAGGCAGUCGAAGGACGUCAGCUGUCCUCACUGUGCAUGAGGUCGAGAUUACCAUACUGAAAUUCUUGGAGAGCUCAGUUGUCUAUGAGGGGGAAGAUGUCCACUUUGAGUGUCUGCUCUCUCAUGACGAGGCUCCUCUGGCCCAGUGGAAACUCCAGGACGUCCCACUACAGAAUAAUGAAAUGAACCUGAUCAAGACUGAGAACCGAGUGCACAGCCUCACACUCAGAGGUGUCACCACAACCGACUCAGGAACAGUUACUUUCACUGUGGGAAACCACACUUCAACGGCUUCUCUCACAGUCAGAGCAGCUGCUCCAGUGUUAUUCAAGAAGGAGCUGGAAAGUCAAGAGGCCACAGAAGGAGGCAAAGUCACCCUGUCCUGCGAAACAUCCAGCCCUGAUUGCAAGGUAACCUGGCACAAGGGCUCGUCUGAACUCACCCACGGGGAGAAGUACACCAUCGUGCAGGGAGGAACCACUCACACCCUGGUUAUACACAAGCUGAAAGUGGAGGAUAGUGGAGAAUACACCAGCCAAGCAGGGGACAAGAAGAGCACUGCUACCCUGACUGUGAAAGAGCGUGUGCGCAUCAUCCGAGAACUCUACGAUAUCACUGUCACCACUGGGCAGGAUGCAGUCUUUGAAGUUGAGCUGUCACACUCGGGCGUGACAAACGGGGAAUGGUGGCUCGCGGACAACCUCCUCCAGAAUAAUGAUUUGAAUCAAAUGAGCAGCCAGGGCAGAGUACAUCGUUUGACCCUGAAGAUGGUAACCACGGAGGAAUCAGGAGAUGUUGCCUUCGUAGUGGGAGAAGAGAAAACUGUGGCCUGUCUGCUGGUGGAGGAGAAACCCAAAGUGAAAAUCGUAGAGAAGCCGCACAACACUUUGGUAAUCGAGGGUGAAACUGUCACUCUGGCCUGCACCAUCUCUGACCCCAAGGCCACAGUCACCUGGAUCAGAAACAACGUGGCCAUCCAAGCUGGUCUCAAGUAUGACCUGAAGAAGAAUGGAGCUUUCCAUCAGCUUUGUAUCCUCAACGGGUUGCCUGAGGACUCAGGAGUGUACACGUGUGACACUGGAGAUGUACAAUGUGAGGUCACGGUGACGGUGGAAGGUGCCCCGGUAUUCUUCCGGAAAGAGCUUAAGAACGAGGAUGCCGUAGAGGGUGAUGAUUCUACCCUGCGCUGUGAGCUAUCUAAGCCAGGUGUUUGUGUUGAGUGGAGGAAAGGAGGCAUUGUCCUCGAGCCCGGUAAGAAGUAUAAGAUGAGGCAGGAAGGGUGCAUUCGAGAGCUCUGUAUAAGUAACUCGGAUCCUGAAGACAGUGGCUACUACACCUGUGACGCAGGAGACCAGCUCACUACGGCUUCUUUGGCAGUGCAAGUGAAAGAAGUCUUCAUUGUUUGUGGUCUUAAGACCACCGACGUCUUUGUUGGGGAAUGGGCAACCUUCUCCUGCCAGCUGUCUGCUAUCGCACCAGGCAAGGUGCAGUGGUGGCUGGAUGGCACCUUGUUGGAAAACAGCCCUUUUAGUGAGAUAGGGCUGAGCCAGGGCCACAUCUACACACUGACCUUAAAGAGCCUGGCCACAGACGACUCUGGCACUGUCACGUUCAAAGCUGGCAGUUUAACAUCAAGCUCCAAGCUCUUAGUCAAAGAUCCCACGGUUGAAGUGGUGAGCGAGAUGCAGGACCUUUGUGUGGUCGAAAACCAACCGGCUGAGUUCAUCUGCCAGUAUUCACGGCCGGUCAGGGCUCAGUGGAAGAAAGACGGGCAGCCAUUGCAGCCUGAUGGCCGAAGGGUGUUGGUGGAGCAGGACUGGAAUGUGGCUCGCUUGUACAUUAGCAGUGUGUCCACUGGGGACAAGGGCACAUACUCCUGUGAGGCAGAGGGGACCAGUGUGGUAGCUUCACUUCAUGUGGAAGGGAAACCAAUAACUAUUGUUCAGGGCCUGGAGAAUGCAGAAACCUUCGAUGGAGGGGAAACACUAUUCGAGUGUGCCCUGUCUCGCCCCGAGAACAAAGACUGCCACUGGUUUCUCGAUGGCAAACCAGUGAAGGAAUCUCGUAAUGUUGAGAUUGUGUCAUUUGAGAGUGGCCGUCGUCACCUGCUCCUGCUGAAGGAGUUGCACGUUAAAGACAGUUGCACAGUGAUGUUCAAAGCUGGGACAUCAUCCACAUCUGCACAGCUCUCUGUCAAGGGAUGGCAGCUGGAUGUUGUGAAGGGUCUGGAAGACAAAGUCGCUGCCGUAGGAGAGAAGGUUGAAUUUUGUGUCGAGCUGACUGAACCCAUCCCCGUGGCAGAAGUAGCCUGGUAUGCUAACGGGGUUGAGCUCAAGCCCAGCGAUCUCUGGGCUAUGAGGGCUGACGGCUGCUCCUAUCGCCUUGUCUUGAGACGUGCACCACUUCUGCCCCAGCAGGAAAUAACAUUUGCUGCUAGAGAUGCUCUCUCUUUGGCCAAGCUCACUAUCAUCACGGUACCCGAUCCCCCAGAGGACCCGGAAGUCCUCAAUAAGACCAAAGAGUCUAUAACCCUCUCUUGGUUCACUCCGCUACAUGAUGGAGGGAGUCCUAUUCUUGGCUACAGAGUGGAGUUGCGACUGGUAGACAGCGCCCUCUGGCUGCCGUGUCAGCCCGAACCUGUGUGUAACACAGAGUUUUUGGUUGAGAAUCUUAUCCCCGAGAGUGGCUACAGGUUUAGAGUGGCAGCCAUCAACAUAGCUGGGACUGGAGAUUCUGUCGAGCUGCCUCAGACGGUGCAGCUGGAGGCACCUACACCACCACCAACUACUCCAGAUACAGAGGUAAAACAGGAAGAGGCAGAGGCCCUGGGGCAGCCCAAUCUGCCUCCAGAGGCUGCUGAGGAAGGUGAUGUCCAUGAGCUGUGGGAGGCUUCGGCUAAGAAACGUCGCAUGAGUCGAGAGCCUACUUUGGACUCCAUCACUGAACAACCUGAAGAGGAUGGUAAAGGUGGUAAAAAGAAAUCUGACCAGAAGGAUCUAGAGUCCUCAAAGAAAGUGGAAACAACAUCUGUAGAGAAGGAGCAGGCCAUUGUGUCUAAGAAGGAGACAGAGUCCAACUUGGUCACCAGCUCUGAGGAUCAAUCUCUUUCAGGGGGUGCAACACUUGUGUCCUACCUCAAGACGAGCAGCACAUCUUCUGUCACAGCCGUCAAUGAAGGACAUACAAUGACCACUGAGAGGUUCUUUGCACAUUUCCAGAUGUCAGAUCAGAAAACAGUGCAGCAAACUGAAGUGAAAACAACCACAGUUCAUCAGACAGAUAAUAAACAGGUGACUACAGAGGAGACAGACAUCAUGGAGAUCAGUAAAGAGGAUGAGCCUGAGCUCAGAGAAGCUGCCAUCAAAAUUCAAGCUGCCUUCAAGGGGUACAAGGCCCGUAAGGACAUGCGUCCUGUCUUCAAAGAUGUUUUCAAAGAUCAGACCAAAGAACCAAAUGGCACCAUCCAUCUGGAAUGUGUGGCGGAAGGUAAACCUGAAAAGGUGCGUUGGCUGAAGGAUGGUGAACCACUAACGGAUGGCAAGCACCACCAUAUUGAUAUCUAUAACGACGGCACUUGCUCACUGGUCAUCACUGCCAUCACCACAAAGGAUACGGGAGUUUACACUUGUGAAGUCACCAACAAGUAUGGAGUCAACUCUCAUAGCGGUAAGGUCACAGUAGGGACAGUGAGAGAAUCCUCUGGGAGACGCCCACUGACGGUGGGCUACAGUGCGGACAGUGAGCCUGAGAGCUCCUCGGGCAGUGAGAUGGACGAGUCACUGAGGAAGGCAAGCAGACGUCUCCGCCGCCUGUUGCGCACAUGUCUCCCACCCGAUGUUGAGGAAGAACCAUUUGUCAGUGCAGAUGAGGGAGACCUGCGAGCCCCAGAUCCUCAGUCUUACCGUGAGGAUGAUAAUUACAUCUACAUUCGCUUUGAUUCACGGACAGAGGCUGAGGUCGCCUCUAAGAGGUUCCAGGAGAUGUUUACUAUCCACGGGGUUCCUGUAGAGACAAACAUCCAGGAUGCGGGGCCUCUUAGAGUGGAGUUGAGAAUCAAAAAGGCUGGCUACAUCCAAGAUGGCACACAGACCCCCACACAAGACAGACAACCUCCUGCAUUCAUGGCUGGAGCCCAGGCUGCCCCAGUUUUUCUGACAGAGCUACAAACCCAGGACGUUCCAGAUGGUUAUCCAGUCAGCUUUGACUGUGUUGUGAUUGGCAAACCUCCACCAACUGUUCGCUGGUUCAAAGAUGGCAAAGUGCUAGAGGAAAAUGACCAUUACAUGAUAAAUGAAGAUCUUGAGGGCUGCCACCAACUCAUCAUCACCACUGUACUGCCCACUGAUAUGGGUGUCUAUCGCUGCACAGCUGAAAACAGCAGCGGCCUCGCAGCCACUAAAGCCGAACUCAGGGUUGACAUGUCUUGCAGCUCAGAUUAUGACACUGCUGCUGAUGCCACUGAGACGUCUUCAUAUGUCAGUGCCAAAGGCUACAUGUCCAGGGAAACUGAGACCUUUGAGUCUGUGGCUGAAGAUGAUCAGUUACCACAAGUUGUGGAGGAGCUUCAUGAUGUCCGUGUUUGUCCAGGUUCACCUAUUGCUAAAAUGCAACUUAAAGUAAAAGGCUUCCCAAAACCCAGAUUGUACUGGUUCAAAGAUGGCCACCCUCUGCGGCCCUCAAAUAGGAUCCUGUUACGAACAGACAGAGAUAUUCACGGACUGGAGAUUCUGGAGGUGAAGAAAGACGAUAUGGGGGAGUACUCGGUUUACAUCACUAAUUCAGCGGGUUCUGCUUACUCUUCCGCUAGACUGAUGGUUCUGGGUCCAGGGGAGAUGAUGCCACUAGAUAAGAAAGACUCCAAAGAACCUCUGGUGCCACCACGCUUCCUUGAAAGGUUCAGCAACAGGAAGGUGAAACAAGGAGCGAGCAUUACGCUGUCUGUCAAAGUAGAAGGGUCUCCCACGCCCAUGGUCUCCUGGCUAAAGGAGGAGUCAUUGGAGGAUGUCCUGUGGAUUAAGCCUGAUACCAAGGGGUAUAAAAUAGCAGGCUCUGGACGCCAGCACAGCCUCAUCCUGAUGGACGUUGGCACAGAGUACACUGGCGCCUACACCUGUAUCGCUACGAACAGAGCAGGACAGUCCAUCUGCACGGCCCACCUCGAGGUGGAUGAGACAUCACAACAAAAGAAAGAGAUUAAAGCCUCAGAGGUUCUUGGUAUUACAAUCAGUCCUCCAGAGGGAGAGGCUAGCAGUGGAAACGAGGUAAAAGUACCAUACCUAGGUGAAGUAGGAACAGAGGAAUUCCUUAUGAAACUCACCACCCAGAUCACUGAAAUGGUAUCAGCCAAGAUAACUCAAGACAGCUUACAGAAUCACGAAGUGCUCCAGUGGAUGAAAUCUUGGCCCAAAAAUACCACUUCAUUACGUGUACCUGGCGGUGACAGUGACGAUGAGACCAAGACUCCAUCUCCGUCACCUCAUCACGGUCGCUCUCGUCCUCCCUCACUCAUCGCUGACUCCUCCUCGGAGUCGGAUGAGGGCGACGCCAGAGGGGAGAUGUUUGAUAUCUACGUGGCAACAGCGGACUAUAACCCCACCAUAGCAAGCAAAGAAUCGAUCUCUCUGAAGGAAGGACAGUACGUUGAGGUUCUGGACUCGGCUCAUCCACUCAAAUGGUUGGUCCGAACCAAACCGACCAAAAUGACACCAUCCCGCCAAGGCUGGGUCUCACCUGCCUACUUGGACAAGAAACUAAAACUCUCAGCUGAUGCGGGUGACCUUCCAGAGACAAGUGCAGAGGAGGUUUCUGAGGGUGAAUACAAGAGGAAAUUAUUCCAACUGAUCCAGGAGAUGAUAAAUGGAGAAUCAGAGUUUGUAAAGGAGGUCGACUUCUUUACCUCCCAUCACAUGAAGCACGCAGACAUCCCUGAUGCACCUCCUGACGUCAACAGCCAAAAGGAAACAAUAUUCAGGAACAUUGAUGAUAUCAAGUCCUUCCACGGCAGGGCGUUCCUCCCGACGCUGAACGACUGUGAGACAGAUGAUGAUGUUGCCAUGUGCUUCCUGAGGAGUAAGGCGGGCUUUGAGCAGUACCUCCAGUAUCUUGUUGGUCAGCCUCAGGCAGAAUCAGCAGUCAGUGACAAGGCUGUCCACCGCUUCUUCAAGGAGUACAGUGAGAAAGAGCAGGCUGGUGCAGACCCUGCAGGUCCCCCUGUACGCAGCAUCAACGCCUACCUGCAACAACCUCUGGAGAGGAUUCAGAAGUACAAGGUUUUCCUCAAGGAGCUCAUUCGAAACAAGGCGAGAAAUGGUCAGAACUGCUGCCUCCUGGAAGAAGCGUACGCGAUGGUGUCUGCUCUCCCUCAGCGCUCUGAGAACACCCACCAUGUCACCAUGAUCCAGAACUAUCCCGCCACACUGGAAGUACUUGGAGAGCCAAUUAGACAGGGACCAUUUCAAGUGUGGGAGGGAGCUCCUGGAAUUAGGUCGUCCUCUAGAGGUCACCACCGGCACGUGUUCCUCUUUAAGAACUACUGUAUAAUCUGCAAACCCAAGAGAGACAGCAACGCUGAUACACAAGCAUAUGUCUUUAAGAACAUGAUGAAGCUGAACAACAUUGAUGUGAAUGAGACAGUGGAGGGUGAUGACAGGGCCUUUGAGAUUUGGCAUGAACGGGAGGACUCAGUGAGGAAGUACACUUUGCAGGCCAGAACUAUCACCAUCAAGAACUCAUGGCUGAGAGACCUCAGGGAACUGCAGCAGCGAUACAGCAUGCCUGCAUGGAGUCCCCCUGACUUUGAUGAAAUUCUUGGAAACUGCACAGCUGAGCUGGGACAGACUGUGAAGCUGGCCUGCAAAGUCACUGGAAUGCCCAAACCUACAGUCACCUGGUACAAGGAUGGACGUGCAGUGGAGGCAGAUCCUCAUCACAUCAUCAUCGAGGACCCUGAUGGUUCCUGCACACUGAUCCUGGACAACAUGACAGCUGAUGAUUCUGGCCAGUACAUGUGCUUUGCCACGAGCUCAGCUGGCAAUGCCAGCACUCUUGGAAAGAUCACGGUUCAGGUACCUCCUCGUUUUGUGAAUAAAAUGAGGAACGCUAUCUUUGUCGCUGGUGAGGACGCGCAGUUCACCUGUGUCAUACAGAGCGCCCCCAACCCCAAGAUCAGGUGGUUCAAAGACAGCCGCCUGCUGACUGACCAGGAAAAGUACCAGACCUACAGUGAGCUCCGUAGUGGAGUGCUGGUUCUGAUAAUAAAGAACCUGACAGAGAGAGACUUGGGACACUACGACUGUGAGCUGUCCAAUCGACUGGGCAGUGCCAAGUGUGCAGCAGAUUUAGUUCUUCCCUCUGCUCUGGCCCGAACUGGUGAACAGGCCAUCACUAUUGAAGUCACUGAGCAGGAAACCAAAAUACCAAAGAAAACCAUCAUCAUCGAGGAGACUAUAACCACCGUGGUGAAGAACCCUCGUAUGAGGAGGCACAGGUCCCCCGGCUUGACUCUUACUGCAGCCCACCGCUCUGAAACCUCCACCCCAGAGCCCGCUGCAGCCAGGCUGAGGAGGGUGCCUACUCCAAGAAAGACCACUAUCCCUACCCUCUACGUCACUGAGCCCGAGGGCGCUGAGGCCAGAGCCAUGGAGAGCAAACCCAGGUGGGUUGAGGUAGAGGAGGUCAUCGAGUACAAGGUCAAUAAAUCUCCCAGGCUGCCCAGGAGGAGAGGCAUCUCACCUGCAGUCUCUGAUCGGGCAGCCGCUUCCUCCAGACCCAAAAGGUCUCAACUGGAAAACCCAAACACCAACAACUCCAAUAACACGCUGGUGGAGCAGGCGCAGGCCGAGCUGCACGGAGACGUCAGCAUCCAGCCGCUCUCCUGGGAGGAGGUGCAGGGCAACGCUCCCUCUGCGGAGCCACAUGAGCUCUCAUCCGUCCUCAGUCCAGCUGGAGACGACAGCGACGACCUGGACGAUCAGCAAACUGUCAUCUUUGAGCCUGAAGAUGACGAUGACGACCUCAUUCUAUCCAGAGAGCAGGAGCCUCACAUCCUGAAAUCAGGCGAUCGUGUGUUGACCCUAGAGGACUUGGAGGACUACGUUCCAGAGGAAGGAGAGUCCUACGGCUCCUCCAACGCUCCUGCCGAACAGCCUUGUGAGAUCUCUGUGCUGCAGAGGGAGAUCGGUGGCUCCGCUGUGGGGCAGCCGGUGCUCCUCAACGUGGGCCGGCCCGUUGUGCCGAGGCAGAGGAGCAGCUUCUUCAGUCGCUUCAAGGAGCAUCUCCCCAGCAGCAUUUUCUCCUCCUCCUCCGUCCCUCAUGCCAGCGGAACGAGGCCCAGGACCGAGAGGCGCGUCCCCAUCCAAGUGAGCCACGCAAAGCUGGAGGUGCAGCCUUCCUACUGCUCGGAGGUGCAGAGGGUCGAGGGCGGGCAGCAGAGCUUUAAAACCAAAGUAUCAACUCAGACGUACGGAUACACAUCAGUGGGAAACCCAGUCGUUCUUCAAAUUAGAGAUCACCAUUAUCCAAACCAGUAGAGGCAAUAUUUUAAAAUUGGAACCACGACCCUUAGUCUUAAAUGGGGACAUUUCUACCGACCUGAUGAAAAAGAGCAGAGAAAAGAAGCAAAUAUUCACUGCAUUUGACAGACCAUUCCAUUAUGAGGCUUCCCAUCAGAAAAUAGGCUCAUCCUCUGAGUCUUCUCGUCAAACGGUUAGACUGGUCUCUUUCGACCAGGUGAGUUGGAAAAUGAAGGUGUGUCACUGUGAGCAGGUUUCAGUCCUGUUACAACUGCUACGUGUCAUCGAUGUGUUGUACAACGCACACGAUGGACAGAAGACAAGAAACUACGGUUUGACAUUUUACUGACGAAAAGAACGUCUGUUGCUGAGAGCGAUUCUGUAAAAUUAAACAUGUUUCUCUCCUGAAAAUCAUAAGUAUUGACCUACUAAUACAACCCGAUCUAUGUAGGAUCUUCAUUAACUUUGACUAUAGUCAUCACUAGUUUAGAUAUUCACUUUGCAGUUUGACUUUUGUACAUUCGCAGUGCCUUGAAUUCCUGGAUCAGCAAACGUUGAGAGUUCUUGACUGUUUAUGACGUCAUGACUACGUGUCUUUUUCAGUACUAAUCUAAUUUAAAUACACAACACUGAUUAUGUAAAGUUGACAACAGAGCUUUGGUGACUGUUGAGGUCAGAGUUGUCGAAUUGUAAUCAAAGAUGUGCUCUCAGAUCAUGGUCACCGUGGUCAAAUCCGACGAGGUUCUCCACUUCUUUGGGUGUGAAUGAGAUUAAUACAAGAAUCGUUUAUAACAACUUGAUUCACAUCAGAUUUCUAACCGUGUCUCUUCAGAUAUUUAUGAAUUUAAUGUUGAACUUCGCUUUUUAGACGUUUUUGAUGCAGAGCAACGGCCCGUGGACUCACAGGAUAACACAGGGACAUUAACAUGUAUGUGAUAGAUAUUUAGACGAGUGGAUGCAUGUUAUUUGUUUAUGUAAAUUAACCCGACCCAUCGUAGUCAUAUCUGAUUUCAAGUGAAUGUUUGUGCGUUUGUAUUAGAGCUCACUACCUUGUCGAUGCAAUUUCAAACGUGACUGGAGUAUCUGAGGCUUUAGUGAUGUG